AUGAAUUCUCUACUCCCUGGUUUGGAUCAGAACGAUAUGGGGAAAUGUUUGACAACUUUCCAGAUUGUUGGUGUAUUGGUGAACUUGAUCCCGCUUGUUGAUUGUUCUGAUGCUAUACAUCUUCGCUCGGAUUUAACGGAAGACGAGAAAGAAUUGUGCUCAGCAACAGCAAAUUUUGACAGCAUUAUUGCUAUGUUCAUGGACAAAUUGCUGUCGAUGAUGAUGGAGUACGGAGAAGCUGCAGCAUUCACAGGUUCCCACACUAACAUCAAUACGAAAACAAGAGCGAAUAUGGACGAUCAUAUUUUGCACAGAGGUACAAUUUCGGUCUUCAAAGGAAUAUGUCGGAACUCGAGUACUGAGUUGUACAAGGUGGCGGUCGAUCGUUUGUACACUUUUAUGUGCGAAAAUGUGUUCGACAGUAAAACAGUAUCAACAGCCAUAGCAGAUAUGGUGUUUGUGGCAGUAAAGAUGUAUCCUUCACUGUCGUUCGUUCGAUUCUUCUCCCUGAUCAAAAAGAAACUGCAGCAGUGCAUAUGCACCGAGACGUACUCGGAAGAAAAGGUGGACUUCCAAGUGAUCUGGUGGCUUUCGAUGGCUGAUCGAGUACUGAAGGCUCCUUCAAGUUAUCUGCUCGAGAAUUGGGCUGAUGUGCGUGCAGUGCUUGAACUAGUCCUGCCGCUGAAAAAGUGCACACUGGCUACUGAGAAAGCUGCGGCUAUUCUGGAAAGUGUAUUGGAGGGACUCUGCAGCAUCUAUCUCCUGGAAUCACCGACGAGAAGAGCCAAUGCUGAUAAGAACUUGGAAGAUGCUUUGGCUAUUCGACACUGGUCAGCUACAGUGGACAAGAAAACAUGGCAUCCGCAGUGGCAUGUUCCAUCGCAAGAAGACAUCGAUCGGACAGCAGAAUUGUUCCGAGAUUUUGUGGUGCCUCAAUUACAAGCGCUGGCUACACCACAUGGCAUGGACAAGAAAGAAGUUAUGCAUCAUCUGCUUCUGAUACGUAAUGCGGUGCUUGGCGCAUCUGCUUCGAUCCCGUUUUUCGAAGGUCCAAAUUACGGCCUAGAAGAAUCGCCAUCUCUUGAGGAAGUUGAGCAUCCUAUCGCUCGCCCGGUCAACGCUCCAGUAGUGACCUUGGAUGGACGCAGUGUUCGAGACAUUGUACUUGACAGUAUGCGCCAGUUGCUGGAUUACUUAUUUGAACACUCAGAAGACGAUGUGAAAUCGAUUCAGCAAGUAGUUGUGAUUCUGAAUACACUGGCAUCCUGUCGUGGCUUGAACUCUGAGCUAUUUGUUACGUCGGUUCUGAGCUAUCGAACAACGAAAGCAAUUCUCAGUGACCAAAUUGCUGGAAAUCGUGGUAAUAUCGAAAUGCUUUCCGAAGAAUACACUCUACUGAUGCACAAGAAGCGAAACGUAACGCAAAGUGGAUACCAGUGCAAACCACAGCACAUAGAGAUCCUGCGCAUGCUGGUCAAAAUUGGGACCAGUACUUAUAGCCAGAAUCGUGUGAAGGCUCAACUGGUGCUGGUGAAUCUUCUGAAGGAUUAUCCGUUCGCCUACAAGAGUAUUAUUGGAGAACUGAUUGCACUUCUCGAUCCGGCCAACAACUCGUCGCAUGAACAAAUCAAGGGAGCCCUUCAUAUGCUCACUGACCAUAAACGCGAUGCUUUGGUAUUGCGAGCUGGCUUUGAUGCACAACUUCUCGCAAUGCCUGCCAUUGUUGGUACCAGCCACAGCGAAAAACCGUCCAUCAUAGAUUUACUGGAGCAGGCGCAGAAUUCCAUCGUUGAACUGUAUGAAAGCUAUCGCAUUGAGUAUGAGAUCCCAGACGAGAUGCGAUCAAUCGCCAUGUCAUUGCUUGACGAGAAAGAAGCCUGUCCAUUGAAUGCAAGCCAUGGAAUACCAUCUCCAGAUGUGGUGAAAGCAAAUGCAAAUAAUUUGGUAAAACUCAAGGAGAAACUCACAAGGCAAUACUACGAAUUAGCUGAAAAACUUCUGUCACUGGCCACGGACCCUAACCUCCAUUGGCGGCAUGUCGACAUGGCGCAAGCAUUCUUGUCUCUACUUGUUCGCAGGGACGUGCCAUAUCCGGAACCAGUUUUGCGAAUGUGGGUCCGUCUUUUGGUUCAUGAUACAGUUAAAGCUCGUAGAAUGGCAACGGCAGUGGUAGCUAGUUGGUUGAAACUGAACAAGCCAAAGGCUCUCAAAAGAGAGUGGGUUAUUCCGAACAAGGAGCCAAACACGUCUGUGGGCGCUAGAUGGCCUAUUCGAUAUGGCAUCAGGGAUGAUAAUCGAUGUAUGAUGUAUGAGGAGAAGUUCCUGCCGAAAACGGAGGAAGAGUGGAAUAAGUUCCAGUUCUGCGGCAAGCAGCACUGGGGUUUUUACACUUGGCCAGAGAAACUAAUAACCUAUGCACCGCUCGGAGAACAAAAUGCGAUUGAUAGACACGAUGAAGAUUUAUCGGAGACAGAGCGAUUUAUUGUGGAGACGUUCCGUGACCCAGAAUUUUCGGCCCGCUUACGAGAGCUUUUCGCUGUGGAGGAAUCAAAAGAGGAUUCAUUCAACGCUGUGAAUUUCUCGCUUUUCCAGGGACUUUUCCGAUGUUUCAACGAUAUCCUUUGUGGAGUUUUCAAAGAACAUCUGGAGGUGCUCAUCAUGAGUCCAAAGGGUAGCGACCAAAAAUUGGCGUCGGAAAUCGUGGCAGGAAUAAUAAAUGGCUCAAAGCUGUGGAAAUGGGGUCGGCAGAAAAAGCUAUGGACCUGGCUUGCUCCAUUGUUAACGCGAGCGUUUGAAAAUAUGAAGGAGGAGGCCAUGAGGAAUUGGGGCGUAUGUGUAGCGACUGUAUGUGGAUGUUCGGAAUCGCGUAUGUUGAAACCACUGCUGGAUAUCCUUUUUGCUCUUGUAAACAGACCAACGGAAAGCGCUUUUGCUGCUCAGUCGCGUCUUUUCCUUUUACAAGGCGGUUUAUGCCAGUUUGAAUGGCGUACAAUCGAGCUAUGGAACAAAGUGGUCUCUCUUCUAUCCAAAUCCGCUGUAGUUCAGCAAUAUGCCAAUCUUCGAGAACGUAUGGCAAUAUCGCUUGUGACGGCGUCAUGGUUCGAUUUGCCAACCAUCUACUACAGUCCCAGUAUACCGGAGUCGUUACGUGCUCCAACCGUAGCCCAUUGUAUCGGAUUGUACAAUCAGCAUAUGGGUGCGUGCUGGGAGGAAACUCGGAUAAACAAUGGGAACAACUGCUCAGAAUCCACUGAGCUGAAUGGUACUGGAGAGUCGGAAGUGAAACGACAUGCUCGCCUUGCUCUAAAAGGAGCGCUAUCCUUCACUUUGCAUGUUGCCGGACAGUCUCUCACCUCAUUGCCUCCAUCUAUCUUGCAGCUUCUGCCUAUAUUUUGUCACUACAGUAACGAUGUUGGUGAUGAAGAACUGUACAAACAAUGUUUUUCCCUGCUUUCCAAGCUUCUUCAAGCGACUUACAUUCCGGCUGCUCACUUGCCACACAUAAUGCAAGUGUUUCGGCAGAUACUGCAAUCACCGUGUUGGUGGAAGUCCAAGGUUACUUUGCUUUGGCUGAUGAAAGUGUUAGUGUUCUCCAAUCAGUACGUAUUUUCAACUGUGCAAGAAGAUAUAGGUCAACUUCUAAUGUGUUGCCUAAGCGAGUGCCAAUUAGAAGUUCGCCAAACCGCUGCAAAUACCUUAUCGGGCUUAAUCCAGAGCUCGUUUUUCGCGGUGACUCCAGAGUUGUUGGCUGCAUUCGCUGAUCGUGCAAACUCGAAGGACCCUAUAAUUCGUCACGGUGGUGUACUGGGACUGUCGGCUAUCGUUCUGGCCGCUCCAUACACGGUACCCUCAUACCUCCCUGAUGUCCUGAUGCGAUUAUGUCGAUAUGCGUCGGAGAAACAGCCUAUCAAAGAUACUGUCAAACGAACGUUAUCGGAAUUCAAACGAACACAUCAAGAUUCAUGGCGUGAGCACGAGGCUCAAUUCAAUGAGGAUCAACUGUGCGCGCUGAGGGAUCUUUUUGUCUCACCCAACUACUACGUGUAA